AGAAACUACCAAAUAUCAAAUCAACCGCCGUCGCCAAGGGACCAGCUUCCUGAUUUGAUUUGGCUUUAACAUAUAUGUAGAUAUAUCGGGGAGAGAGAGAGAGAGAUCCUUACAUCGUUGAACAACUUUUAUAACCCGUCGCAAUCCCUCAUCAGCUCCUUUUUCAUUCCACGCAUUCACUCCUUCCGCCAAAUAAACGCUAAGCGAUUCUUGCAAUCUCAACUUUUUUUAUUCUCUAAUUGUUUCUAGCUUUCCCUUUUCAACUCUAUACAAAAACCCUUGCGCCAAUUUAUUGUUGCUGGUUUUUCGGAUCAUACUUUGUGUUUUUCUCAUACAUUAUAUAUACGCAAGCACACAUGAAGCGAGGUUAUCAAGAAUCUUCAUCCUCGGGUUCUUACGAACCCCCUCACUCCAAAUUCAAGCACAACCCUGAAGGUGAUGGCCGAUUUUUGGAGGAUGAGAGUACUAAGAUAUUUGCAAAGAAAGUGGCUGAUCAUUACAGUGCAAGAACGAACCAGACUCUUGAAGAGCGAGAAGCAAGUCCUAUUAUUCACUUGAAGAAACUCAAUAACUGGAUAAAGAGUGUCCUGAUUCAACUAUAUGCUAAAAGAGGAGAUGCGGUUCUUGAUCUGGCUUGUGGGAAGGGCGGUGAUCUCAUCAAAUGGGACAAAGCACGGAUUGGUUAUUACGUUGGUAUUGACAUAGCUGAUGGCUCGAUAGAAGACUGCCGUACACGAUAUAAUGGUGAUGCAGACCAUCACCAGCGCCGCAAGAAGUUUUCCUUUCCUGCCAGACUCAUAUGUGGAGACUGCUUUGAGGUUCGGCUGGAUAAGAUUUUGGCAGAAGAUGCUCCAUUUGAUAUUUGUAGCUGCCAGUUUGCCAUGCAUUACUCUUGGUCUACUGAGGCACGUGCUAGGCGAGCUUUGGCAAAUGUGUCAGCUUUACUUCGGCCUGGAGGCAUCUUUAUUGGAACAAUGCCAGACGCCAAUGUUAUAAUAAAAAGGCUCAGACAAGCUGAGGGCCUGGAAUUCGGUAACAGUGUAUACUGGAUACGUUUCGAUGAAGAAUUUGAAAAAAAGAAAUUCAAGUCUUCAAGUCCCUUUGGCAUCAAAUACACGUUCCACCUAGAGGAUGCUGUUGAUUGUCCUGAGUGGAUUGUUCCUUUUCAUGUCUUCAAGGCAUUGGCUGAAGAGCAUGGUUUGGAGUUGGUGUUUGUCAAAAACUCUCAUGCAUUUGUGGAUGAGUACUUGAAGAAACCUGAAUUUGUUGAGCUCAUGCGAAGACUAGGUGCUUUGGGUGACGGUAAAGAAGACCAAAGUACACUAUCACCAGAUGAAUGGGAGGUGGCCUACUUAUAUUUGGCCUUCGUUUUGAGAAAGCGUGGGCAACCAGACCAGGCCCGAGGAAGUAGUAGACGGGACAAAGGUAAGAUGCACCUGUCGAAGGAGGAUAUCUCGUACAUCAGGUCAUGAUGUGCGAUAACCAAUGCAUAAUAUUCUCAAGGUUUCUGUAAUAAUAUUCCAACAGAACAGCUGUUGAAGAAGGCUGGAUAGAGGAAACUGUUAUAUCAACCAUCGGAAGUCAUAUCAACGACCCUCCUCAGUCCCACCAUGAAUUGCAAUAUCGAAUUCCAGCUGCUAACCAGUUUUGAAGAGAUCCAAUAAGUUGCUCUGCCGCCGCUUAUGGCCACAUAGCCUUCAAGUUGAGAUUUGUUUCUUUGUUCUGUUUCUAUCAAGCAUAUUCUGAGAGGCAUACCCGGUGACCAAUUUUCGUGGAACGAGUCACCUAUGUAGCGUUCUCAGUGUAAACAAAUAUUUAAUCCCGUUCAAGUGCAAUUUGUAUGGACAACUCAAAAUAUGAAUGUAAAAGUGAUGUUCAAGUC